AUGAGAGGAGGGCCAAGAAGUAUUGAAGAGCUCCUGUACCAAAAACUGCUAGAAAGCCCCGGCUUUCAUCGUUUUGUUCGUCGAGUUUACUACAAGAUCAAUGGACUUCAAGAACCGUUGAAAAAUGAUACGAUUUCUGUUUCGGCAGACCAGGUUUUCAGGCCUACUAAAGCACAGAAGUUUAAAGCUUACCGUAUGCUCUUUUGGGAUGAGAUGAGAUCAGUUUUCGGCCUACAAAGGCGUUUUAACAACUAG